UGGACACGAACGCAUCACCCUGCCGUUGGUUUUCUACUCUCAUGACGUCACUUGCAGAGUUGUCAUGGCGUCGUCGAGACUGAAGCUACCGUUGCAGUUUAGCUAAAAAUCUGUCGACAGCAUUUACACCGAAAUGGAGCAAAAUGCAAACCUGCAUCGAGACACUGACGUGACCUCUGUUUGCUCCACGAUUGCGGCCGAAAUGCGCGACGUAACGGUGGGGAGCGAAGCGAAAGGAGCAUUCGACAAAUUGAAGAAUAGUGAAGCUCCCCUCAGUACUUUGGGUACCGUUGGUUGUGAUAUAAGCGCCACAAAUGCUAGUUCUCCGAGCGGUGAAGGUGGCGUUCAGAGCGCAGAGAAGUCUGGCGUGCCGGAGGUUAUCGCAGUCCCUCCGGUGCAGGAGGAUCGGAAGGAGAAUGCCGAUGCGAGCCUGUCGUUGAUGAGGUGUGAGGAUCAGAUCAGUAACGGGAUGGGGCAUGACUUGGAGCAGGCAGCAGAAGACAGCCAGGGAGGUGCCUCAAAGUUAGUAAACAACAAAGUCGACUGCCCGUCCUCACCUCCCGCUAAAGAGAGCACACAUGUAACGGCUGAGGUUUCAGGCUGCGCAGAGAGUGAACAAACUGAACUUGCCAAACCGAUUGCUCUGUGUCCGGACGUCAAAUCUGUACAGUCCGGCGAUCACACCUUAUCAGAAGGACUGCCGAGUGGGAGUGACCCCGACCCCAGCCUCGGUGGAGAGUCCCGGAGCAUAGAUUCGCUCGAGUCCUUCUCCAAUCUUAACUCGUGUCCCAGCUCCGAGGGACUGGAUGAAAAGGGACUGACCUUGGCCUUGCAGAGCGAGUACGCCUCCGAUGGGACAAAGACCUCCUGCGCGAAGGACCGCGCUGCUGGCCAGUCCAUAUACCACAUUAAGUGGAUCAAAUGGAGGGAGCAGAACACACCGAUCAUUACUCAAAACGAGAAUGGCCCCUGUCCAUUGCUGGCAAUCAUGAAUGUCCUUCUGCUUGCAUGGAAGGUUAAAAUGCCACCUAUGAUGGAAAUUAUAACUGCUGAGCAACUGAUGGAAUAUCUUGGCGACUACAUCCUGGAAACCAAACCUAAGGAGAUAUCGGAGGUUCAGCGGUUGAACUAUGAGCAGAACAUGAGUGACGCCAUGGCAGUGCUGCACAAGCUGCAAACAGGCCUGGACGUAAACGUGAAGUUCACGGGGGUGCGGGUCUUUGAGUACACCCCAGAAUGCAUUGUGUUUGACCUUCUCGACAUCCCUCUUUACCACGGCUGGCUUGUUGACCCUCAGAUGCAUGACAUUGUCAAGGCAGUGGGCAACUGCAGCUACAACCAGCUGGUGGAGAAGAUAAUAUCCUGCAAACAGUCAGACAACAGCGAGCUGGCAGGGGAAGGCAUUGUGGCGGAGCAGUUUCUGAGCAGCACGGCCACUCAGCUCACUUACCAUGGCUUAUGUGAGCUUACAUCCACUGUGCAGGAGGGAGAGCUCUGUGUCUUUUUCAGGAACAACCACUUCAGCACUAUGAUCAAAUACAAGGGCCAGCUGUACCUUUUGGUUACAGACCAGGGUUUCCUGACAGAGGAAAAGGUCGUUUGGGAGAGUCUGCACAACGUUGACGGGGAUGGAAACUUCUGUGAUUCAGAGUUCAGGUUGCGGCCUCCGUCUGACCCGGAAACGGUGUAUCGUGGACAACAGGAUCAGAUAGACCAGGACUAUCUGAUGGCACUCUCACUGCAACAGGAGCAGCAAAGCCAAGACCUGCAAUGGGAGCAACUUCCCGAAGGCAUCAGUGACCUGGAGCUGGCCAAAAAGCUUCAGGAGGAAGAGGACCGACGAGCGUCGCAGUACUAUCAGGAGCAAGAGCAGGAGCAAGCAGCAGCUGCACAGGCACAGGAGCCGGUUGAAGGAAGCGAGGUGGACAGAGGACGAUCAGCAGCAAGUGAAGCAGCAGCAGCUGGUGCCGUUGCCGCAGCAGCAGGCGGGGUCACACCCAGCCCGGGAAAACAGUCAUCAGGUGGGGAGCGCAAAGCCAAGAAGGAGUCAAAAGAAAAAGACAAGUGUGUUAUUUUGUAACACACGGCGUGUGUGUGUGUGAGAGUGUGUUUGUGUAUUGCGUGUGUUUUCUUAUCUGUGUGAAAGAGACGGCACGGGUCUCCCUCCGAACUGGACACACAGCUUCCGCAACCCCGACAGGACAACAACCAAGGGGACGAAGAGAUGUUACUAACAGAGGACUGGCUGUUUCCAAAAACCACUGGUGCCUGUUAUCCUCAAUCCUCAGCCUGAACGAGGAAGGGACACUACAACCGCAGCAACUGGUCACUCAUAGAGUCGGCCACACUUGCUCUUUUUCAAAAGCAACUUAGCUCGUUUUGUUUUUCACUUGUGGAGCUUAGAAGCUUCUUUUAUUUUAUUUUUUGUAGACAGCAAUAUUUACAAAACAUAGUUUGAAAGAUUCACAGUUUUUUUAUUAAGUCAGCUUUUGGUGCCAAGAUUUAUCAGUUACACAGGUAGCUUUUGGGAGCAUUUUUUGUGUUUUGCAAGCCGAAAAAGGAUUUCGUUUUUAUCUUGCCUGUUGGAAAUCAGCUUCUACACCACUUGUGUCCCUUCUGAAACACUACAUGCUAAGGAUUAAUAAUGCCAGAUAGCUGCCAGACACUGUAGCUGUGUAAUAAGACUUUAUAACCACAGCUAGCUCUGUUCAGAUUUGCCUUACCAGAGUAUGGCAUUGUUGUAAUCUGUUCUGUCCGAAUGUGAACGAGUGCUUGUUUAAGUGCAGUAUAUGACACGAUACGACAACGUGUAGGGUGCAUUCACUGAGCGCCGUUGCUGUGACAUGGUUCAGUUUGGAAAUACUGGGUUCUGUUGUAGUUAAGCUACAGAUUUGGUCUGUUUUGUUGUGAUUUUGUUUGGCACGUCUUCUGCAGAUUAGAUUUUAAGUUUUAGGGUGAGUGCAUUUUCAUGUCUGGACAUCUGCUUUCUGACGAGAUGCUGGAUCUUUCCUGAAGUUGUUUCCCCAGAAAGAGAAGGAAAAACCCGCGGCCUCCUGCUGUUGUACUCUGGGCCCCCAACAAUCAGUCAGUACACAUAAUCUCUAAGUAAUUAUGUUUUACAAACUGUAAUAAUCUUUUUUGUACAAAUAUUAAGCUGUGACCCAUCUUGGCUUACAUCCAAUGAAAACUCAAUCCUCAAUUUCUCUGAAAAUGAAAAUAUUACAUACGAAUAAUAAUAAAAAAGGAUUCUUAAUGCAGAAAUGUCGGCCUACUAAAAGGUUUGUCCAUAUACUGUACAGUGUAAGCUGUCAAUGGUUCGGGCUCAGGUUUCAGUAAUCACAGCAUCAGUGCAGUGUGCCAUGGAGGUGAUCAGCCUGUGGCUCUGCUGAGGUGUUAUUGAAGCCCAGGUUGCCUUAUUUGCAGCGUUCAGCUCAUCUGCAUCGUUGGGUUGUGCUUCUCUUCCUCUUGAAGAUACCUCAUGCAUUUAAAUUGAAGUGAAUUAAUGACACAAAAGAGCUUUUCAAUGACUUUAAAAUUUAUUACAUUUCAGCUGAAUGUUCUGGGAGUUUUUUCAUUUAUUCCAAGAUUUGUUCGAUGAUUUUGCUUUAGUUCCCCCAUCUGUUGUUGCUCUGCAACCAGGCUACGUAAAAGAAAUCAACAAAAUGGAGUAAUGGUAUUUUUCUGAAUCAUUAUAGUUAAUGUUGUGAUUUGUAGAUACUGGUUUAAAAAAAAAUGCAUUUUUAUACCAGAUCAGUGAUUGGAUCAGGACACACGGCAGAAUUCUGAGCUCAGAUUGCAGUGCUGAGAGCUGGCUUGGUUUCACGUAGAAGCUGUGGUGAUUCAUCCAUCUGGCUUUGUGUCAGAUCUCCUCAUCUUAGCAUAACUUUGCCCCCCAAUGUUUUUAACCACCAAAAACAUUGUCUAUUAUAUGUGGAGUUUAAGGUUUAAUGUUGAAAUUCACAAACAGAGCGGCUCAUGUAGGUACGGGAUGCACAUUCUCAACGUUGACAUUUUUAGUAUCACUUUUUAGCUUCUGUGCGUUUCUCUGCAACACUGAGCAUGCAACCACAUGAUGUACAUAUUUAACCUGUUGCAUUCUUAUAAUGGGUUUAUCUGGUUGUUUGUGCCAUUAUUGUACCGUGGGACUGCCUCCAGAGACAUUUUUCAAUCGAUACAUUCCAGCUGGAUGCCUUGACUCCAGCUCUCUGUCACAGACUGGAGACAGUCGUCACAGAGGGUCUUUGCAGUGCUUGUGAGACCGCCUCCGUUAUUUUCUUGACUGGAAACAGAUUCACCAUUAGAACAGGAGAACAUAGAGGCAGCAAGCGACCCAACUGUGUGGGCUAACCUUUUUUUAUGACCUCUGUGUGGUGGCACGAGGUUGGCUGUGUUUUUUGAGACAAUCCAUACAUAAUUUCAACAACAGAACUACUCUCAGGCCCUUUUUGUGAAGGGACAUAUCCUCUUGUGUCUUUUCUAGCUCGCAUGCUUUUUAAUGGCACAGUUCCUUGGCCUGCAGUCGCUUUCUCAGUCACGGCUUUUUAGUACUCGUAUAUGUAUACACACAACUUUUGACACUUUGAAGGAUUUAAUGCUUCACCCUUACCUUUUGAUUCACACACUAAAACCACGAACUGGCUGCCCAAACAAAGACCACUUCAGACAGGGUUAAAUAACAUUAAGUUUCUUUUUUCCAUUUAAGCUCAAUUGUUUUUUUGUUUUGUUUUUUUUUUUUGCUUCAAGUGUGAUUCGGCCAAUUUCCUGAACACAUUAUGAAACAUUCCAGUAGAGGUUUAGAAUAAUAGAACAUGACUAAGGGAAGGUUGGAUUGUUUUAAUGUUGGUUUGUGAAAAACGUGUGAAGUGACUUGCCACCUCUUGUUACAAACAUACUUCUGUGCUUUAGAUAGAUAUUCCUGGCCACGAUUACCUGAAUCUGAUAGUGUUAGCUUCACCCUAGGUUCUUAUGACGGAGUAAUCAGAGAGAUAUUCUGUUCUAAGUCUCAUAGUGGGUUCUUGUAUGCUUUGUAAAAGUGAUGGUGGGGUAAAUGCUGUAAAAUUAGUAUUUUGACAAGGUGAUCGUGGAACAUAUGUAUAUAUUUUUUGCAAUUGGUUUUGCACUGUUACAUUAAUAUGCACUAAUAAGAAAAAAAGAAACAUACCUCAUUUUCUAUCGAACACUAAUUGUGCAAGAGUGCUAUUGUUUUUUUGUUGGGUACCUUUAAAAAACAAAAUAUGAUGUAAAGAAAACAUGGCCAUUUUAUUUCUAAUGAACAGUGGCUCUUAUGUCAGCGGAGUAAUAAUUAUAAAAGUUUAAAAAGGGCUGUUUUGGCUUCAGAGGAAAUGAAUUGUCAAAAAAGUAGCACCAAUUCAAUACAACCUGCUGCAAUUUCAUAUACUACUCAGGUUAGUGGUACAUCUGUCGUAUGGCUACCAUGGUUGAGUAGCAACACACAGCUUAUAGAUAAUGACUUUUGUAUCAUAGGGAAGGAUAGAAAGGAGAAAGGAUAAAAAUCUAGAGCUCCAUUCUAUUAGCGAAAAAAAGCUAAAGGGCAAGUAUCAUUAUUUUUGGAAAGAAAAAGUGAGCACAGGGCAGCUGAAAGUUGGCAAAGGGCAUAACACAAUAUUCUGCCAAGACAACAGUAAUAACAACAAAGUCAGCUUUUAUCCAAUGAGGAGAAGCAGUCAGGAGAAAUGUUGUCUGAGAGCAGUGGUUUGAAGAGCUAAAAACUUGCUCGCUAUGAAGAGGUUUAAUAGCACUCUGCUAGGAACCCAGUCCACCCAUAAAACACAACAGCCGCAAAUGACCACUUGUGAUAAAGCCUGUAAUUGGAAAUACUAAAGUUCUGUCCAUAUUCAGAUAGAUGUUGUAAUUUCUGCUCCAAUUCUGACCAGCAUUGUUACUCUGGUGGCAUGCAUCAGCAGGUUCCUCCCAAGAACUGUAUCUCCAGAAUAGCCUACAUUCUGUUGAUAAGUGCAGUGGUGGUCCAAGUUCCUUUUUCCUCCACAUACUCAGUCUGUGUCUUACUCAUAUGGGUUUAGCUGCACUGAUGUUGUCUACCACAGAUCUGGAACUCUGUCUGCUGUAUGGUUUCCCAUAACAUGUUGUUUGGCCCUGAAAAGUCACCCCAGGGUAAUGCUAAACAUGCAUCAGAUGGAAAGGAAGUCAUAAUACCAAUAUACAGACAGGGUGCAGCUACAUUAAAACACACUCCUUCACUUGGCUUAAAUACAGAGACACAAUUUGGCACAACUAAAGCUAAAUAUUGUGGCUAAACAUGCAUGUGGAUCAUUUGGAUGGAGCAGUUAUUUAUUUCAAGUGAUGUGUGGUCUUUAGCAGAUGUUUUUGUGUUGAUAAGACACAAAAUGUUCAAUUGGUUAACAGCUGCGUUCACAUCAGUGGUCUGGCUGUUAACUCCCUGCUCAAGCCAUCUGUCCUAGCUGUAGAAGCUUUCAUGGUGUUAAAAAUGAUAUUUGCCCUUUGAAAACGUUGAUAGGUGUAACUAAUUUAGGUAGUAAUGUUUCAAGCCUGGUCCAUAAUUACACUACAUAAUGUUUUCAUAGAGGUGUGAUAUACUUAGACUAAAAUACAGAAGCAGAAAGGUUUGCGUUUUAAGAACUGAGUGUUACUGUUGCAGCGGAAGCCGUGCAUUCAUUUCGCAUGACAUCCUGAGCGCUGCAACAAUCAAAUAGACAUUUUUACUUUGAUGCAAUAUCAGACUCCCAGAUUUAACUUUGUGAAACAUGUGUAGGUGGGGAAUUAAAUGUUAGGCACAAGGACAUUUUAUUAUCCCCCCCCCCCCCCAGCAUCAAUUUCCAUUUAUGGUCCGUUGUGUUUGAGCAACACAUAAACAGGCAAAAUGACUUUGUUUGAAAACAUGGGAAGUUACUCAUUAGUGUCAAUUUCAUUGAUCAUUAUUUACUUAAAUUACCAAAUAAUGUAUGUAGCCUUCUCACAUUGCAGUCACAUAUUGUAUAUGGUGAUGUGUGUGUGUAUAUAUAUAUAUAUAUAUAAAUAUGAAUAUAUAUAACAAAAUGCCUUAUAGACGAGGGACAUUCAACCUGAUUAGAAGUUACCUGGAUAAUAAAAACAAUUAAGAUCUGUAA